AUGAAGUACAUUCAAACUGACCAAGUCCUAGAUGUCCCAGAAGGUGUUACCGUCCAAAUCAGAUCCAGAAACAUCAAGGUUACUGGUCCAAGAGGUGUUUUGACUAAGAACUUGAAGCACAUCGAUGUUACCUUCACCAAGGUCUCUAACAGACAAAUCAAGAUCACCGUUCACAACGGUGACAGAAAGCACGUUGCUGCUUUGAGAACUGUCAAGUCUUUGAUUUCCAACUUGAUCACUGGUGUUACCAAGGGUUACAAGUACAAGUUGAGAUACGUUUACGCGCAUUUCCCAAUCAACGUUAACGUCAUUGAAAAGGACGGUGCUAAGUUCAUCGAAAUCAGAAACUUCUUGGGUGACAAGAAGGUCAGAGAAGUUCCAGUCAGAGAUGGUGUUUCUGUUGACUUCUCCACCAACCAAAAGGACGAAAUUGUCUUGUCUGGUAACUCCGUCGAAAACGUUUCCCAAAACGCUGCUGACAUCCAACAAAUCUGUCGUGUCAGAAACAAGGAUAUCCGUAAGUUCUUGGAUGGUAUCUACGUUUCCGAAAAGGGUCUAAUCGAGGAAGAAGAAUAA